UCCUUCCCACCGCCUCGCCGACGGCCCGCUGGGACCAGUUGGCCGCCUCCCGGAGCCACGGGAGCCUGAGUGAGAUCUGAGCCCCUGGCCGUGGUGCAGCCCCAGGUGAACUUGGCUCCUUUCACCUGGCAGAGGGUGUUUGAAUCCCAGCUGUGCUUCGUUUCCAACUCAAGCUGUAAUUGAUUAUAAGAGGACCUGCCUGGCAGCUAAUUGGGAGGAUUAAACGAGUUACUGAAGGAAAACCGCUUUGACCUUUGGCUGUGCAUGGAUAAAUUCACAGACUGGGAUGGCGUGGCGAAAGGACCAGCCAGUUCCUGCUGGAGUCUCCUGGUAUCGUCUGAGGAGAUGCCGUCCAGGCCCCCCGACUGCCUGCUGCAGCUGCUCCGGGGUGCCCAGAGGCAGUGGGUCUGCACCCUGUUCAUCAUCGGCUUCAAGGGCAUGUUUUUGGUCUCCGUCAUGGUCUACUGGUACAUUGUGGGAGAGCCCGGGGGCCGAGGACAGUUCUCUAACCUGCCUGCUGACAUACCCUGCCCGCACUUGCUCCCGCACACCCCGCCCUCCGGCACCCCAGCUCCCGGCAACAUCUUCUUCCUGGAGACUUCUGACCGGACGGACCCCAACUUCCUGUUCAUGUGCUCCGUGGAGUCAGCAGCCAGGGCCCAGCCUGAGUCCCGGGUGGCGGUCCUGAUGAAGGGGCUGCCCGGCGGGAACGCCUCCUUGCCCCGGCACCUGGGCCUCUCGCUUCUGGGCUGCUUCCCCAACGUCCAGAUGCUCCCGCUGGACCUGGAGGAGCUGUUUCGGGACACGCCCCUGGCAGCCUGGUACACGGCCCUGCAGCAGCGGUGGGAGCCCUACGUGCUGCCUGUGCUCUCCGAUGCCUCCAGGAUUGCGCUCAUGUGGAAGUUUGGAGGCAUCUACCUGGACACGGACUUCAUCGUCCUCAAGAACCUGGGGAACCUGACCAACGCGCUGGGCACCCAGUCCCGCUAUGUCCUCAACGGCGCCUUCCUGGCCUUCGAGCGCCACCACGAGUUCAUGGCGCUGUGCAUGCGUGACUUCGUGGCCCACUACAACGGCUGGAUCUGGGGCCACCAGGGCCCGCAGCUGCUCACGCGGGUCUUCAAGAAGUGGUGCUCCAUCCGCAGCCUGGGCGAGAGCCACACCUGCCGCGGCGUCACCACCCUGCCCUACGAGGCGUUCUACCCCAUCCCCUGGCAGAACUGGAAGAAGUACUUCGAAGACGUCAGCCCCGAGGAGCUGUCCCGGCUGCUCAAUGCCACCUAUGCUGUCCACGUGUGGAACAAGAAGAGCCAGGGCACGCGCUUCAAGGCCACGUCCAGGGCACUGCUGGCCCAGCUCCAUGCCCGCUACUGCCCCACGACGCACAAGGUCAUGAAGCUUUACUUGUGAGGGGCCUGCCUGCCUGGCUCCCUCCCUGCGCCCGGCGUUCGGAAGGAAAGGGCUCGGCCCCCCUUCCUGGGGAGACCGGAGCUGCUGCAGCGCGGGAUCUGGGGCAGGCAGCAGGGAGGGCGGGGAACUGUCGGCCCAAGAGCUGUUAC